UUUACGUCACACGUCACUAACUUCCUUUUACUUUGGGAUUGUAUUUUAAUAAAUUACUUCUAUAGACUUCUUAAAUUUUAAUAUAAACAGAGAAUGUUAAAUUAAGACAUCUAUCCUACAUGAUGGGCAACGAAGGUUCUCAGUUGAGCGGUCUGGAGAUAGAAGAAAAAGCAACAGAUAUAUCGGAUUUUUGGACUCAUUAUCAAGCCACAAUAAAGGAUAGUUGUAGAUAUUUCAGUCUCAAAGGUGAUGGUUCAGUUUCCGUAUUUAAAGGACAAGCCGUACCUGGGCCCUUAUGGACAAUAACUUCCCCAUUAGAGAAGUUUUCCAAUAACCUGUUGAAGUAUCGCCAUCCAUGUAUAAUUCGAUAUAUAUCAGCUUGGCAGCAAAGGUCCACUCUCCAUUUAGCUACAGAAUAUGUGCAGCCACUGUCACAUAUUUUAAAUUCACAGACACCCCUACAACUUUGUAUUGGAUUAAAUAAUAUAUUGAGGGCACUUGUAUUUCUCCAUGAACAGGCUGGCAUGUCACAUAAUAAUGUUAGUAUUUCAGCAAUAUAUGUAACAGGGGAUGGUCAGUGGAAACUGGGUGGUUUGGAAUAUUUGUGUGCUUUUACCGAGCUCACACCUGGCUAUUUGAAACAAGCAAGGAUACACAGAUAUGACAAAGCUGUUGACCCAAAUGAGGAAUCAUAUGAUAAUGUAUCUAAGGUGGACCAAUAUGGAUUUGCUGUUUUAGUAGAAGAUGCAUUUAAAGGACAUAAAGAUGAUGAAGUACCAUAUUUAAGAGAAUUUAAAACAUAUUGUAGAGACAUGCUCCAGCACACUAACCCUGUCAAAAGACCUAAACUCUCAGAAGUGCUUCAACACAAUUUCUUCAAUCAUGAAUUCAUCACCAUAUACAAGUUCCUCAAUUUCCUGCCACUUAAAUCUGAGGAAGAAAGAUGUGAUUUCUUCACAAACAUUUUGGAUACUUUAAAAUGCUAUGAUGAAGAGACUGUAGCUAAGCAACUAGGAGGUUUGCUCCUAUCCAGACUCACAAUGUUGGACCAAACAGCCAGGAAGGAUGUCAUACCAUUUAUUUUAAAACCUAAAAAUGAAAGAUCACAGAAUGCAGAGCACUCAGGGUUCUUUAGUAUAUCUGUAUAUAAGGAACAUGUGAAACCAAGGUUGAUGCAGUUGUUUGCUGUGCGGGACACACAAAUACGAAUGCUAUUGUUGACGCACUUUUCUAAAUUUGUGCAUAUGUUUUCACAUGAAGAACUGUCACAGCACAUUUUGCCAGAGUUGCUUCUUGGGAUCAAAGAUACUGAUGACAACUUGGUGGCAUCAACUCUGAUAUGCUUGAGUGAAUUAGUACCCAUACUAGGAGCUGACACUGUUAUUGGUGGUAAGAGAUCCAAGUUAUUUACUGAUGGAAGACCAAAUCCAAAAUCGAAUUUAGUAUUAUCAAGUAAUGUACCUAAGGAAGAAAAUGGAUUUUUGGCAACAAAAUCAUUACGAGAUUUCCAUUGCUCUGAAGACAGUUAUGAGCAAAAUGAAGUAGAUAACUCUUCAUUUGAUAAAAACUUAUUAAAUGAAAGACCAUCCCCUGUAGGUGGGGAAUCAGUUGAAGAAAAAUAUAUUAUAACAACUGAAACUAAAAGAAACAAUACUGGGGAAAGUGAAGAGGACUGGAGUGAUUGGGACAAUAGUAACAAUCAGACAUCAACAGCACCAGUACUACCUUUUCUACAAAGUCUUGAAAAAGAAGAGGUGAUUGCAGUAGAACCUAUCGAAAUUAAUAACACUCCACAUAGUGUCAGUAACCUGAAGGAACAAUCUGACAAAAAAACAGCCCUUUUGCAAAAAGCUGCAAUACAGGCAAAGAAAAAUAUGGUAGACAUUUCAGAAUUAGACAUAAAAAACCAAAAAGUUGAUAGUUCUAAGAAAAAUGGAGAUGAAUUUGACUUCUUUGCCGAUAUGAAACCUGUUAUAGAAAAGCCAGCGGUUGUGACUCUUGCUCAAGUAGAUUCUGACUUCAGUAGUAAAUUGAACUUCGUCCCAAAUGAAGGAGUAGAAGAGAAUGAUGGCUGGGGUGAAAGUUGGAAUGAUUAAAACUGAUAUUAACUUGUGAGUUGAAAUUAAAAUUAUAAAUCCUU